AGGGGAAGUUGCAAGAAGAAAGAAAAGGAGGAGACGUGAUCGGGGUUGUUGAAAUUAUUUGUAUGUUCAACAAUACGUAUCUGUCCGCACUGCGACCUUUAUUUUGUGUAUAGACUCGUGUGUGGUAUUCUGUGUUCGUCAACCGCCUGGGACUCAGCUGAAGCCCUGACAGCAUAGUCAGACGUGCGGGACAAACACUGACUGGGGGAUCUGACUAGGCCAUGGCCAACAGGGGAGGAGCUACGAGACCCAACGGGUCUAACGCUGGUAACAAGAUCUGCCAAUUCAAGCUGGUACUUCUGGGGGAGUCGGCGGUGGGCAAGUCCAGCCUGGUGCUCCGCUUCGUCAAGGGACAGUUCCACGAGUUCCAGGAGAGCACCAUUGGAGCGGCCUUCCUGACCCAGACAGUGUGUCUAGACGACACGACGGUGAAGUUUGAGAUCUGGGACACGGCAGGACAGGAGCGCUACCACAGCCUGGCGCCAAUGUAUUACAGAGGGGCGCAGGCCGCCAUCGUGGUCUACGACAUCACAAAUGAGGAGUCAUUUGCGCGGGCCAGGAACUGGGUGAAGGAGCUGCAGAGACAAGCUAGCCCCAACAUUGUCAUCGCCCUGUCUGGCAACAAGGCUGACCUCGCCAGCAAGAGAGCCGUGGACUUCCAGGAUGCCCAGUCAUAUGCAGACGACAACAGCUUGCUCUUCAUGGAGACGUCGGCCAAGACGUCUAUGAAUGUGAACGAGAUAUUCAUGGCUAUUGCGAAAAGAUUGCCCAAGAGCGAGCCUGCGGCCACUGGAGCUAACAGCGGGCGGAACAGGGGCGUCGACCUAACGGAAGCCGCCCAGCCGACUAAGGCCCCCUGCUGCAGUACUUAAAGCGAAAUCCUUUCCCCCCCACACUGCAGUAACUAAUGUGAUGACCCCCGCCCGCCCGCCCACCCACCCACCCACCCAAAACUCUCUGAUCUGCAGCAAUGAAAAAAGAUGCCCUUUGAACCCCCUUCCCAUUCUACCCUUCUCCUCCUCCUCUGCAGUAACUAAUGCAAAGCAACGCCCUCAUCUAUAGUUCUCUCAACGACGCCCCGCCCCUCCCUCUCCCCUACUGGUUCUGCUGUUACUAAUUGAGACACCUUCCUCCUUUUUUUCUGAAAUUAGUGCCCGCCUUCCCUACCUCAUUCUUCCUGACUAUUGGCAAGCAGCAGGACUAAGGGGCGGGGCAACUCUGAUGGUGGUCUCAUCUCCUGGGAUAGCUACAGACUAUCGCUCUGUGUUUCUAACACAAUAUCUGUCCUUUCUGUUUGUUUUUUUGUUUUGUUUAUUUUUUUUUUAUAGUGGGAAUUAUGGAUGCAUGUAUCACUACAAGGCCUAACUUGAUGAUGAGAAAAAAUCUGUGUUAACUUUAUUCAGUGGCACAAAAAAAUAUAUUUGAGGGGGAGAGGCUCCAAAGGUUUGCGAGGGCUAAUUCUUGACAAGUCGAAGGAAAAGACUGUUUAGCAGUGGUCUUGGGUUCCUUCUAGUUUCUCUCUGUUGAUCUCUGUCUACCCUCAUCUGUCUCUUGAGUAAUGUAUUCAUAUGCUUUGCCCACUAAACCUUUAGUAGUGCUAGUAUAGAGUUUCUCCCUUCUGUCUCUCUUUGUCCCAUCCCAGGGCCUUGCCUGCUUCUAAUGCUCAGCCCCAAAUCAAACCCUAACCCCUUAGGUACUUCAUGUAGGUCUGAGAGGAUUUGAGGUCUAAACAAUCGGGGAACAUUCCACCUAGCCUAUCAGAGGGCAAGGUGGAGCGAUCCCCAUAAUGCUCACACCUAUUCAAUUCUCUCAGGUCUACCUAAGGGGCUUUUAGAGGACAAUUUGGGAUUGGGCAUAGCUGUCCUAGUGGCAUCGUGCAAUGGUUCACAAUAUUGGCUCUGUGAUUUCUUCAGUGUCUGCAAGGACCUUCACACUGCAAAGCAAAGCAACCUGCCUCCACACCCACCCCAACCCUACCUGCUAUCACCACCUUACCCCCACCAACCCUACCUACUAUCACCACCUUACCCUCACCAACCCUACCUGCUAUCACUUCCUUACCCUCACCAACCCUACCUGCUAUCACUUCCUUACCCUCCCCAACCCUACCUGCUAUCACCACCUUACCCCCACCAACCCUACCUGCUAUCACCACCUUACCCCCACCAACCCUACCUGCUAUCCCCCUCACCAACCCUACCUGCUAUCACCACCUUACCCCCACCAACCCUACCUGCUAUCCCCCUCACCAACCCUACUUGCUAUCACCACAGUAUGGCAUUGAGCCUCUGAGACUUGUUCACAUGUUCACCUUACCCCCCGCCCCCUGAAUGCCAAGCCUCCAGACCCCUUUCCAUCCUGACCUGAUGGUCUCUGUCCGAGGGAGGGGUUACAUGGUGAGGUGACUUCUGUAGGUGUUGAGAGAGGGGAACAUGGUGAGGUGACCUCUUUAGGUGUUGAGAGAGGGGAACAUGGUGAGGUGACCUCUUUAGGUGUUGAGAGAGGGGAACAUGGUGAGGUGACUUCUGUAGGUGUUGAGAGAGGGGAACAUGGUGAGGUGACCUCUAGGCGUUGAGAGAGGGGAACAUGGUGAGGUGACCUCUGUAGGUGUUGAGAGAGGGGAACAUGGUGAGGUGACCUCUAGGCGUUGAGAGAGGGGAACAUGGUGAGUUGACUUCUAGGUGUUGAGAGCUUCUUCAUUAGGAAUCAGCUGGGUGUGUCCCAAAUGUCACCAUAUUCCCCAAAUAGUGCACUGCUUUUGACUAAAGCCCUGGUCAAAAGUAGUGCACUAUAUAGGGAAUAGGGUGCCAAUCAGGAUGUCUCUCUUUGUCAUGGUCACUAUUCAUCCCCUGUUCUUUAGGAAGUGCUGUGUGUGAGGGUGUGUGUACACAGAGGGAGACUGGACUGUUUGGUGAUAAAACAUCCUCAGAGACAACAAACACAGUCAGACGCAGGUUUAUUUCUCUAAACCCUCCCAGAUCUAAAUAACACACACAAGCUAAAACACAGCUCGCUCACACACAUACACUUUUGUGUUAUUUUUAAACCCUGGACCUGUUACUUACAUAUACAUUUAAACACACAUACACACAACCCGUCCUGGUCAAUAACUCUGUCCAGGUCUCUUCCUCUUGCCUUGCACUAAUGAUUCUCAUGAAUAUAUCUUGUCAUAAUUACAGCCAGUGUGAUAUAAAUAUAUAUAUAUAUAUAAUAUACUGUACAUAGGGUGUUGCAAUGUAGUCUACUUUUUCCAUUUACAGUUGACAGGACUAAUGCUUGCUAGGGAGUUGUCUAGAUAAUCAUUAAAAAACUGUACAGUUAGCAGAAAACAGCUUCAGUGUGGGUUUGGAGUAGUUUUCCCCCCCCCACAAAAAUGUUUAAAUUAUAAUCGAUGGUGGUCUUUAUAAAUGUAGUGUUAUUAACAAAAAAAUUCACUUGCAUUUCUUUAGUGGUCUGACUUAUACUUUAUUUCUCAAGAAAAGCUAAAUGUUUAUUUUUUGGUUUCUAUUUUUUAACAUUCUCUCUCUCGCAUUUCACUCAUUUGUGAGUGAUCUAAAGCUAGGAUGCCCUGUCCAGUACUCCUCAUCCCACUAGAACUGAAGUCACACACAAUACACUGUCUGGCUGUUGAAUCCCUGUUGGAGCAAAGCGGAAAGGGUUUAACAAAAUUCACUUUCCGCUUGUCUUAUAACGUCUCAGUAAGAAUGUAACAACGUUGUGGGAACAAUGUUAACAACCUUAGUAGGAGAAGAAAGACUGCUCUGUUCUACUGUUGGGGUAUUAGCUGGUGGAUCAUGAUCAUGAUGAUGAAUAAAUGGAUUAACUCAUAGGGAUGUACAUUGUAUACAUUUUUGUUGCUGUGGCCACUUAAUUGCAGCUGGGAAAAAAUAAACAAAUGUAAGCAUUUUACAGUACUGUUAAAUAA